UGUUAAAAAAAAAAGUAUACGCCCUCAAAGCUCACCUGAUUUACCUGAGCAGAAGCCGUACUGUAUGAAUUUGUACCAGGCAACAACCAAAACUUGACAAAUUAUAGAAAUCAGUCUUCUCUUCAACAAUUCUUUAAUACCAAUGUUUUGACAGAAAUGUAAAUGUGACAGUUAUGGCGGGUGAAAUAGAUUUCGGCAGUAAUACUGCCAUGGCAAGUGGAUCCUCACCUAAGGCUGAAGAUCGAAAGAUUGUACUGCUGGGAAAAGCUGGAGCUGGAAAGAACAGAGUAGCCAGGUUUAUCUUGGGAGACACAAAGCUAAAUGAAGAGAGUGAAGAGUGUCUUUUAUAUGAAGGUGAACAUGCAGGAAGGAGGAUCUGCAUCGUGAAUACACCAGGAUGGGACAGAGUUUCUAUAGAGUGCACUACAGAGAAAAUGAAAAAAGAAAUCGUCCGAAGUGUGACUCUUUGUCCUCCAGGUCCCCAUGCUCUGGUUCUGGUGUUGCCCAUAAACGCUGAUGAUGAACUAUCUGUAAAUGAACUUAAAUCAGCAAGUCGACACAUGGAGCUGCUCUCUAAGAGGGUCUGGAAUCACACUGUGGUGCUUUUCCUGUGUGAAGGAGAUGUGGAGGAAUCCACAAUCAAAGAACACAUUCAUAAAGCAGAAAAACUCCUGGAAAAGUGCAGAGGCAGACACUGUGUUAUGCGUUUGAGUGACUCUAAAACUCAGGUCCAUGGACUGCUUGAAGAGAUAGACAGCAUGGUGGAAGAAAGUCUGGAUGAUUUCUUUCUGCCACAGGUUUAUUAUGAAGUGAUGCAGAGCAAAAUAACCCAAGAUAUCAGAGAGUUGGAAAAAAGGUAUGAGGACAAAAUAGAAAUGCUAAAACAAGGAUACCAGAACAGACUUAGUAUGUAUAAAAACCAAACUGAGGGAGAACCUUUGCUUAAGCGGAGACGUGGAAGUAUUGACGGAACUCGUCCAUCUUUCGCUGAAGAUGAAAACCAGGAAGACGAUACUUCUACCUUUAGGAAGAAGUAUCAGGAUGAGCUUUUGGCACUUGCAAAAUAUUGCUUCAAACCUGCAGGCCUGCUAUUGUUUGCUAUGAUUGGUGCCCUUAUUGGAUCGGUGGUUGGAUCGAAUUAUGGAGUGGUGGGCUCUGGAUCCGGGAUAGUCAUUGGGAUCAUAGUAGCAAUUCCACUCGGUCUAUGCUUGAUUAAAUCUGCAAGUCUCGCACGACAGAGUUCAUCUCAUGUGGAAGACAAAAAAACUGAACAAAUGAAUUAGACCCUAAAACUGGGAGUUACACAAUAGAUGCAAAUAUUUAUACCAUUGGGACAAAAUGGAGAAAAUAUACCACAAAAAAAAAUAAUAACAUCAGUGAGGCAUCGGUGUGAAGUGACCCAACAUUUUUAAUUAUUAAAGGAUGUCAUACUAUUUACAUACUUAUAGUUGAAUUUGACAUUUGAAUGAAAGAGGAGAUGUGGUCACAUGCCUAGAAAGCAACUAAUAUUUGCCAGAUAUUCCUACAGCUCAUGAAAGUCUCCUGGCAACUUCUCUGAGAUGUAUUGUUCUUGCACUUCUCCUCCUUUCGUGUUCAUUUUAGAGGUUUGUUCUGUUCUCAGUAAUGUCACUUGUAGCUUAUGGUCUGUACAUUAGUAUUAGGGUACAUUAUUCAAUUUCAAUUUCGAUUCAAGUUUAUUUGUAUAGCGCUUUGUACAAUUGACAUUAUCUCAAAGCAGCUUUACAGAAUAAAAACAUAGAACAAAAAGGUUAUUUUAAAGAUUAAUAUAAAG